AUGAAUGUAGCCAACCCAUGUGCCCCUCCCACUUCCUUAGUGAUUGACAGUUGUCACUCAGCGCAAGACCCCUCCCCUCUCCUCUCGCCCCCUCAUAUUAAAGCCAUCUGCCCCCUCCCAGCCAGUCGCCUUCCACUUCAGGUCUCACCUGUUGUCGCCUCACACACUGCUAUGGACUGCGGCGUUUAUGGGACGGAUCCCCUGGAGGUUCCGCCUCUCACCCCGACCAGCAAAGAGGUUCUGUGCGAAGCUCUCCGAGCCACUUUUGCCGGUUUCACCCAGGAGCGACUCGCCCAUCGUUUCCCUCAAGAUCCCACUUUAUGGUCCGAAUGGGAGGUCAACCACUGGCUGGACUGGUGCCGGGCCGAGUUCGGGCUGCACUCGUUGGGCUCGGACCUGAAGGGCAUGCGGGGUCACGAGCUGUGUCGACUGGACCGCGAGAAUUUCCUCAGCCUCAUGUCCGACUGCACCGCCGGCGAGAUUCUGUGGGAGCACUUGGAGAUCAUGAGACGGGAUCACGACGGAGACUGCGGUGCUGUGCUGCCAAUGUGCGUCGUGUCAUCUCCUUGCCAGCCUCCGAACAAUACAGAAAGCGACUCCGAAGCCGAAAUGUCUCAGGGUAGCGCUCUGAUGUGGACGAGCGGCGUCCACCGAACCGAAGCCACGGCGGACGGGAGCCUUUGCGGGGACACCUUCGCUCUGGCGCAACCCUACAAAACCUUCAAGGAGUACAUGAGCAACAAAGCUGACGUCGGCUCAGCCGUCAUCCCUGCAGCCAUCCUCGCCGGUUACACCGGAAGCGGCCCCAUCCAGCUGUGGCAGUUCUUACUGGAGCUGCUGACCGACCGCAGCUGCCAGUCGUGCAUCAGCUGGACCGGAGACGGCUGGGAGUUCAAGUUGACCGACCCGGACGAGGUGGCGCUGCUUUGGGGCCGGCGCAAACACAAGCCCAAGAUGAACUACGAGAAGCUGAGCCGCGGCCUGCGCUACUACUACGACAAGAACAUCAUCCGCAAGACGGUGGGCAAGCGCUACGUUUACCGCUUCGUCUGCAACCUGCAGGGGCUGCUGGGAUACCAGCCCGGCGAGCUGCACGCCAUGUUGGACGUCGGGAGCGCAAAUUAACUUGGGGGGGUGACGGGCCGGGUCGCCGGAGGAUGCCAUCCAAUUCAAUCCCCCCCCCUGAUGUAAAUAGAAGGUGAAAAAGUGUUCUGAAGUGGAGCUCAGCUGCUGGUUGGACUAAUUGAACAUGUGUUCAUUCACAGGCUUUCUUCCGUUACGUUAUCUGAAGCCGCCGAAUGUAACACACGUGGUUGUGCAGGGUGGGGGGUAUUCUGCUUCUGCGGAUUUCACGAUCUUCUGGGUCCUAAAGCGGUUUUUCAGGAAAGGUAACGAAAUGCUUUUUUUGAAAACGAGAACAGAUUUGUUGACAUUUGAAAAGACCAACAUGAGUAUUUAUUGAUUUAAAUAAAUUGCUGGUUUGUCUUCA